GUCACCAUUCCUAGGCAGCACAUUGCAUGUGGAAUGAAAUUGAUAGAAAAUUUGUUUUUGGCAAUAAACAUAAAGAAAGACAAGUAUAACUUAGUUUACUACUGUGCAAGUUUACAUAAAAAGUGCGAGAACUGGUUUUACUAUUGUAUAUAAUUGGUUGAAUAUACUAGUGACGAAUGCUCCAGGCCGAGUAGUUGUUCCGAAAUUAUCAGAAUUGUCUCGCCGAAUUUUUUUCUAUAUAAUAGCACCAACAUAUUUGCAGCAUAAUAAUCAAAUGGUUGUGUGACAGAUUGCUAACGGGAGUCUAAAGUCAUCCCGGAAAUCGCCAAUAAAACGGUAAGCAAACCGUUUGACGACUUCCGAUUAACAAACGGAUUGCUCCAUUCGUAAUGCAACCAGCUGCUCCAACACUAGCAACACAAGCCGAUAUUGCUAAAGCCAUGCAGCCCCAAAAUAUGAUAUUGCCGGCAAAUAAAAAGACUAAAAAGUACGCAACGCAAGUGCCUGUUACAAAGCAGCAGCAACAGUCACAGCAACAGCAGCAACAACAUAGUACAUCACAGCCACAAUUUCAGAUAAACAAGGCUUACAAUGUUGUUUCCAUAUUAAAAACCACUGCAACAACCACAAAUGCUCAACAAGCUUCCGCUCACAUGGUACAUCAAACACAUCUGCAACAACAGUCACAUCAACACCAGCAAAGCUAUGCAAAUGUUGUUAACAGGCCAUUAACAUCUGUUAAUACACAGCAACAGCAAUCGACAACAGUUAUCUGUAGCGGCGGAAAUAUAAUGGCGGUUAACAAUUGUCAAUUGAAUUUGAAUUCAACAACAAUUCAGCAAGAUUUGAAUACAGCCGCCAUUUAUAAUCUAACGGGACAUCGUGCUGCUGCUGCUGCUACUUGCGGGGGCAAUAAUGGAAUCAUCGAAACAAAUUGUCGCCUACUAUCGGAUAUAUCCAAGUCGAGUCAAGUUGGUCCAAAUAACAGUCAACAACAGCAACAACAACAACUAACAACUGUUGCUGCUGUGGGCAGCAAUAGCAAUAAUAGUGGCAGUAACAACAUCAACAAUAUUAAUGGCAGCAACCAAAGCAUCAUUACUCUGGCCAAUUCUCAUGGCCUAACACUCGGCUCAUCGAAUAAUCCAUCUGCCUAUAUGCAUGACAAGAAUCUGUUGGGUACUGUUGGUGUUAGCGUCGGCGUCGGUAUUAACGUCAGUUGUAUCGAUAAUAGAAAAUACGACUAUAAAAACAAUAAUCUGCUAUCGAACAGUAAUUUUCAACAAACAGCCCAAGAGUAUGUGUCGACGGGCAACAACAGUUCUGGAAACAGUCGUUCAAAUCAACAAAUUUAUCGUGGACCACAGCCAGCAUCAAAUGCGCCACGUGGCAACGGAGCUGGGGGUGGAGCACGCCCCCAUGUCCAUAUGCCACCGAUAUAUUCAAAUAUGGUAUUGCAACAGUAUCCACAAUAUAGUCAACGACAACCAGCUUAUCCGGCGCCGCAUUUACAAUUUACGCACACGCCUAUACCCUAUUAUCCCUAUCCAUAUCUUUCCACAUUGCCACAACAGCAACCACCGCCACAUUCACGCAGCGGUGUUGCGGUUAACACGAGCGUUAACUUAGGCAAUACAAUGCAAUCUGUGCAGCCCGGUGGACCCAAUGGACCGCUGGCUGGUCCCGGUGGUGCGACACCAUCUCAAUUACAAUUGCUAACAGGUGCUGUACAGCCAGGCGCUAAUACAGUUAUUGGUGUCGGUGGAACGGCGAGUGGUCAAGUGGGUGUGGGUGUAAAUGUCGGUGUGCCGCCCAUGGUCAGCGUUAUGUCAGCCAAUGUGGCGCCACAACCAGUCCAAGUGCCACCACCAAAUAGGCGUCGACAUCAGCAUCGUUUACAGAUUAUCGAUCCCACAACAAAAAAGAAUAUACUCGAUGAAAUGGAUAAGAGUAAUGCGAGUACGGAGAGUGACUAUCAGGAGGCUGGAUCUGCUUCUGUUGCUGCUAUUGCACAUGCUACUCCUGCUGCUACAUUAACGACAGCAGCUGUCGUCGUGCAACCAGAUGUCUCAUUGUGUAUUUCCCAGCCAGACGCUGGUGGCAUCUGUUUACCCCCAAGUAAUGUAUUAAUCCAAGGCCCAGAUCCGAGGGCUAGUAUGCAGUACAAAUUAGAUCAAACUCCCUCUCAACGCCAGGAUAUAAUAGUGGGACAGACACCUGUGGUCUCAGCUAUGUCUGAUGCUCCAUCUGUAGAAAUAUUGCCGACUUCCCAGAAAAACAAGAGUAAAAAAAUUCCCAUAGUCUCCCCGAAAGAUGCGCCGGAAUCCUCGUCUAGUUUUUCUUCAUUCAAAGUGGAUGAUGUUGCAGCGAAAACGUGCGUUAAAAUUGCGAACGAGCCAAAUCAACACUUACAGUCAGACUGUGUUGCACAACAACAACAACAACAGUCCCAGCUACAGCAGCAACAGGAAUCACAUUUACAGUUUAUGGCAAACACAACUGAGCCAAUUGUUGACAUAGUCGCAGCAGAAACAGUCCAGCAACAUAACAACGAAAAAGGACUCACCUUUACUGCAGUCGAAGUGGACUCAACGCCAGAAAAUGUCGAGUUGAGUUCGAACAGUAACUCAGCAAGUGAAGUUUCUAUAUUGGCCGACAACGUAACUAGCAUGUAUAUAACUGAGUCAAGUCUCCCAACUAAUUUAAGCGAAAAUGUAGCUUUUAGCCAGAUGGAAAGGGAGGAGGGACAACAUAAUGUUGGCCCUGUAGUAACUAGCUCACAUGAAAGCACACCCGAUGAGACUGAUCGUGCCCAACAGCAAAACUUGGAAGACACAACAAUUGUCGAAAAUGUUAAAGAAGAAAGUGGAAAAAGUGAAACAUUAACGGAAACGAUAUUAACUCACAGCUUAGAAACAGUAACGGAUACUAAGGAUGCGGACAUAGAAAAAGCAGCAGACUCAAAAGAGACGGAAGCACCUUCGGGUACUGAACAAAAAGAAGCUAUCGUCUGUAAUGCUGCCAUGGAUACUACGGAAAUUGCCACAUCGUUGAUUAACUACAAUGAAGGUCAAUGGUCGCCAAGUAAUCCCGGUGGCAAGAAGCAAUACGAUCGCGAGCAAUUGUUGCAGUUGCGAGAAGCGAAGGCUUCACGUAUACAACCGGAAGUGAAGAAUGUCUCGAUAUUGCCGCAUCCAAAUCUAAUGCCUAUGUUUAUGCGCAAUAAUAAUAACAAUAACAAUAAUAGUAAUAAGCGUGUUCAAUCGAUGGUUGGCACGAUUGGUGGCAAUCGAAAUAGUGAAUCGAUUGGUAACAAUUUUGCUGGAAAACAAGUUUCAAUGUCCGGUGUACAAGGCGGUGGAGGUGGUCGUAGUAGUAUGAAAGGUAUGAUCCAUGUUAAUCUAUCGCUUAAUCAAGAUGUUAAGCUGAAUGAAACGGAAAAUGCCUGGCGACCGCGUCUACAAAAUAAUAAACACCAGCAGCAGGAGUCGAGCAGCAGUAACAAUAGCUCCGAUAAUAUGAAAUCAACACAUGAAAAAGAUGAACUUGUGCGUAAGGUGCGUGGAAUUUUGAAUAAAUUAACGCCGGAGAGAUUCGAUACGUUGGUUGAGGAGAUAAUUAAACUGAAAAUCGAUACACCAGAUAAAAUGAAUGAGGUGAUUGUACUUGUCUUUGAGAAAGCUAUCGAUGAACCAAAUUUCUCCGUAUCAUAUGCCAGACUGUGCCAUCGUCUGAUAAGUGAAGUGAAGGCGCGUGAUGUACGCAUGGAAAGUGGCACAAAAUCGAAUUUACAGCAUUUCCGUAAUGCGCUACUCGAUAAAACAGAAAAGGAAUUCACACAAAAUGUCUCGCAAGGCGCGGCCAAAGAGAAAAAACUACAACCGAUAGUUGAAAAGAUCAAAAAAUGUAAUGAUCCCAAUGAAAAGGCUGAACUGGAAGCUCUGCUCGAAGAGGAGGAACGCAAGAUACGUCGUCGUUCCGGAGGUACUGUGCGUUUCAUUGGUGAACUCUUUAAAAUUUCAAUGUUAACUGGAAAGAUUAUAUACUCUUGCAUUGAUACGUUGCUUAAUCCGAAUUCGGAAGAUAUGCUCGAAUGCCUAUGCAAGCUGCUGACAACAGUUGGAGCCAAAUUUGAACAGACGCCAAUUAAUGCCAAGGAGUCAAGUCGAUGUUAUUCUCUUGAAAAGUCAAUAGGCAGAAUGCAAUCGAUUGCAUCAAAAACUGAUAAGGAUAGCGCCAAAGUCAGCUCCCGAGUGCGUUUUAUGCUUCAGGACGUUAUUGAUUUGCGCAAAAACAAAUGGCAAUCGACACGGAAUGAGGCGCCGAAGACAAUGGGACAGAUUGAAAAGGAGGCUAAAAAUGAACAGCUAUCGGCACAAUAUAUGAACUAUAGCAGUUCAUUAUCAGCAACAACAUCAACAUCCAGUCCCAAUGGUGGUGGUGGUAGUGGUGGUUCCGGCAAACGUGAUGCACGUUUCGGUGAUGCCCGCUCAGCUGGCGGCUAUGGCGGCAGUCAUAGUCAACGCGGCGGCGAUGGUGUUGCCAAUAUGCGGCAUCAACAAUCAAACAGCGGCGGUGGCAGCAGCGGCGGUGGCGGCGGCAGUGGCAGCAAUAUCGGCAGCAAUCAUUCGAAUGGAAAUAAUGAUGACACUACGUGGCAUGUUCAGACUAGCAAAGGCAGUCGCUCCCAAGCUGUGGAUAGUAACAAGCUAGAGGGUUUGACUUUUCAGCUGAAUCAAAAUUUGGAUAUUAAAAAGAUGGGCGGAGCUUAUCAGUUCAUUAACUGGAAUAACAAUGGCAACAGACAAUCGUCGACAACGCCAACGACAACACCUUCAAAUUCAUUUGCCGCGCUUUCAUCGCUAGGUAGCUCGGAUCGAGAUCGUAGUGGUGGUCCCAGAAAUAAAGGUUCAUAUAACAAAGGUUCCACUGAGCGGGAUCGUUAUAAUGAUCGUGGCAUGCAUUCGCGAACUGGUUCAUCGCAAGGCUCGCGAGAGAAUUCGUCAUCGCGCGUUGUACAAAAUCCGCAGAAUCGUGUCAUGAGCUCUUCAAUGCAAAAGUCUGCUAGUCAGUCAAAGUAUACUCAAUCAGCGCCACCCCCAAGCAGACUUUCCAACAAGUCUCUAGGAUCUUCUUCGUUAAGCGGUUCGGGCGGCAUAUACAGGGGCAUCGAUCAGCAGCAGCAACAGCCGCAUUUAUCAAGUGCCUCAACCUCCACUAGUAUCUCUGCAUCUCCGUCAACAGCUAAAGGUGUUUCCCCGCCGCCUGCUACAUUCACUGAACCAAACGACAGUGAUGUAAAACUAUUUAAAUCUGUUUUGGCUGAUAUUUUCGAAGCUGAAGUUACAAUUGCUGAAUGCAUACAGCGGAUACCAGAAGCGCAACGGUGUGGAUUUUUAUAUUAUAUACUAACUAAUUAUUUGCAUUUAUCGGAGGUGGACAAACAAAACAGAAGAUAUCUGGCAAACAAAAUUACCCAACUAAUACAGCAGAACUACAUUUCUGUGGAACAUUUUAAACUGGCAUACCACGAGUUUUUCAAGUGUGCUAGCGAUUUAUAUUUUGAUGUUCCAGAAUUAUGGCUGUAUAUUCAUCAAUUUAUUGGUCCAUUAAUAGUCAAGAAACAUUUGGUGAUAACUGAUUUGUGGAACAAAAAUCUGCUAGACAGCAGCCAAUUGAGCAUGGGUAAAAUGUUCCUUAAAUCUUUCUUGCUCUAUUCUACAAGAGAAGUGGGACCGAGCUACACACACAACAUAUGGAAAAAAUUUAACAUGCGAUGGUCAGAUUUUAUGCCCGACAAUGAGGUUAAUGACUUUAUUGAAAAUAAUAAAUUGGAAUAUGUGGAAAAUGUAAAGAAGAUGCCAGUGAUUGAUGAACGCGAUUCCCACGAAACACACGUCAAAAAUGUGAUAGAUCAUAUUGAGCAGUUGCUUAAAGAAGGCUCCGCUGCCGAUUGCAUUAUUGAUUAUUGCAAUGGCAAUAUUGUUGUGGCCGAUAAGCUGUUUAUUAGAGGAUUGGCAGAAACUUUAAGCAAAUUUGCAAUUGUUUACAAGGAUAAUAGCUAUAAGCUUGAGCCGGAAGUCUUUCAAAAAUUUUGCAUACCAGUUUUUCAGUGUUAUAUUGGUACCAAUGAAGAUCUUCAGCUCGAGUGCCUUUACGGAGUACAGCUGUUUGUUCAUAGCUUGGAGCAGCCUCGAGGGCUGUUAAGCGAACUGUUUGGUGAACUGUACGAUACCUUUGUCAUAAACAAAGAGUCGCUUUAUAAAUGGCGCGAUUCAAAAGAUCAUUCAGCUGGCAAAGGUGUGGCUGUGAAGAGUGUGAAUCCAUUUUUAAACAACUUAUUCAACGAUGAAGCCAAUUAAUGUAUCAAUAUAUAUAUACUCGUAAAACUGACAGACAGCGAGUUUUAGGGCAAAGCAAAAACACUAUUUAAUAAAACAGCAAAACAAAGUAAACUUUGCAGAAAAAUGAGAAA